AAAGCAAAGAAUAGGAAAGCAGAAACGUUAGAUAUUAUCUCCCGACGCGCAAAUUGAAAGAGCUUUUUGCUUCAUCGAUCGAUCUGUUGGAUUCAUUGCUGAGAUGUCGAGUUUGUACAGAGGUGUUUCGAGGAAAGAGAAACCGAGACGUCAUCAUGGGUUGACAACGCAGAAGAGGCAAGAGAUUAAGGAAGCUUUUGAGCUGUUUGACACUGAUGGGUCUGGCACCAUUGAUGCUAAAGAGCUUAAUGUUGCUAUGAGGGCGCUUGGUUUUGAAAUGACGGAAGAGCAAAUCAACAAAAUGAUAGCUGAUGUGGACAAAGAUGGAAGUGGAGCCAUUGAUUUUGAUGAGUUUGUUCAUAUGAUGACUGCUAAGAUUGGUGAAAGAGACACAAAAGAAGAGCUCACCAAAGCAUUCCAGAUCAUUGAUCUUGACAAAAAUGGGAAGAUAUCUGUUGAUGAUAUUAAACGCAUGGCAAAGGACUUGGGUGAGAAUUUCACUGAUGCUGAGAUCAGAGAAAUGGUUGAAGAAGCAGAUCGAGACCAUGAUGGUGAAGUUAACAUGGAUGAGUUCAUGAGGAUGAUGAGAAGAACAACUUAUGGUGGUAACUAGAAAGGUCGUUGUUUUUAACAAUAUUGAUGAGCUAUCAGACCUAUAUGUUAUCUGUAAUAUUACUGAAGAUAUUUAUUAUCAGUUUUUAUCGAUAGCAGCUUAUCUUCAUGGCAAGUAUUGGUCUGUCUUUGUAUUGUAAGAUGAACUGAUGAUGUAUAAGCUGAUGAUGAGUCUACUGUGAAAACUUUAGGA